AUGACCACCUGGAGUGCCCGAGGGCACCAUCUCGCUCCAGAACCAGCUGGCAAGACACCGGACGCUCCGUCGUCCACGGCUGGUUUCAAGAACUCUCUCCGCAAGAUUCCUUCCACUUUCCUCCUCCGCGCAGACCCCCGCGGAUUCCGCGACACCACCCUCAAUGGCAAGCCACAACCCAAAGUUCGCAAAGGCCUCGCCAGUAUGUUUGGCCGCGCCCGGGCCAGCCCUCCCACCGUCACCGAAACUGUGGCAGUGGCAUCCCAGCCAACAUCGGGUACCAAGUCACGUAGCUGGCUUCGUCCCCAUGUCCGCUCCGUUGAGCCCGAGAACAAGCAGCGCCCCAGUUGCGGACCCGAUCCAUUUGGGCAUCCAGGAGAGGGUGCAGCACACAUCGUCGCGCGCCCGUUUGCCGUUGCUCAGCCUGACCCCACCGUCAAGGCUCUUCAGGCUGAACGCCGCCCAACCCCCACCACCACGACCGACUGCGACCGCACUUCUGACAGUCUCGAAAGUGACGAAUCCUGGGUGGCGAGCUUGAGCAACUAUGCUGUUCCCGAGUUUGAACUUCAGUCGACCUUCGCCCAAGACGAACCCGCACUUGACAUUCCACCACGUGUCUCGUCUCUGGGAACGGUUAAGCGUAUUGCAGAGCUCACGGAAGCUGCUGCUCCCAAAGAGACUCUCAAGAAGGACAAGACAAUGUCCAGGGUCUGGAGCAUCCUUACCCUCAAGAAGAAGAGGCAGACGUUUGACCGCACAUCUACGCAAACGUCGUCGCAGGACAUUACCCCACCUCCCACAGCCCUGGGAGGCACCCCGCAACGUGUUACCCCUGCACCCCGCCUACCAACUCUGCACGUCACCAAGCCAUCGACCGACCUCGACCCUGUGCUCUCGAGCCCAUUUGUCGACCCUAACUCGCCGUUUAUGGCAGCCAAGUCCUGGUCAUCGGCCAGUGUCGGAACUGGCAGCAGCCGCCGCUCGUUACCCCAGCGCAAGAGCCUCUCGGGCUUAUUUGGUUUCGACAUCAAGGAGAGCCUCGCCGAAUUCCACUUGGCCUCGUCGGGCAAGCGGCAGUCCACCCCCAGGAGGGACCAGGCGAGCUUCGACGAUGGAACUCCCCACUCGGUUGAAGUCCACAGUCGCUUUGGUAACGCUGCGUUUAGUCCUGCUGGCAAGGAGAAGCACCUCUCUGUCCUCUCAGAGAACCAACUGGAGCCAGGUUCCGACACCAGUCCCGACACAGCUGCCUUUUACAGUCGCUUCGGUAGUUCUGGUUUCAACGCUGAGGGCAGCUUGCAACAGCCUGACGUGUCCAUCCGGGACAUGUCCACUGCCACUCGCCAGUUGUCCAAGAUCGUAUCCCACAUGGAUCCAGCUGCGAGCCCGACUCCACUCCGUAGCAUCCGCUCCGCCAUUCUCGGCAGCAAGCAUGUCAAGAACGCUACCAAGAGCCCCCUCAGUGCCAACAACAGCCCUCGCAAGCGCGGUGCGCUCUCACGUGUGUUCCAGGCGGAGUCCGGUUCUCCCAAGGCUGGUUCAAAGUCCCCCGUCACAAAGUCUCCCGAGGCCAAGGCUCCUUCCACGCCGCCUUCGGCCCGCAUCGGCACCAAGACCCCGGUUACCAGCAUGGUGAAGAAGGGCAUGCGCAACAUCUUUGCCCCGUCAUCGCCAGCCUCGCCCGUUCCACCUGUGCCGGCCCAAAAGUCACCACUCAAGUUCGGUCACUUGCCAAUUUCGCCUGCUCACCUCUCGCCUUGGGGUCCCAAGUCGUACUGCUCGUCCCUCUCCAGUGCCACCAGUGGCGAGGUUGCCAUCGAGCUCCAGGCCCCGUCCGAGGCUACAUCGUCCAACCACUCGCUCGAGGUAUAUGACGAUCGCCACCUCAAAGCUCACCCGUACUCCCUCGGUCUUCCACCGCCUCCACCUGCCAACCGCAAGGUCGACCGUCAUGCUCACCGCCGACAGACCUCGCGUGCCCAAGACAACACAGACACCGACAACCGCCAGUCGUUCGACUUUACCGGCGAGUAUGCGCGUCUCAACACUGGCACGCAGCGAGCCAGCUUCAUGAGCGCUCUCCAGCAUGCUCAGACCGCCAAGGUCGACCCAUCGCCGCUCAAGCAGCAUGCUCCCCAGGUGCCCAAGUUUGACCCCGACGACUCGUUGGAGAUUCUCGACUCGCCCGGUGACCACAAGCACAGAUCGCCGUCCCCAUUCAGAGGCCAGCCGGCGUUCCAAGAGUUUGUCGCUCAGACGCGUUCCGGUCAGCGCAAUGCCCCACCAUAUGCGCUUCCUCCUCCGCCUGUUGGUCGACGCUACGGUGGAGGGCAGUCGCACGAAAAGUCGUUGUCCGACAUUAGCUUUGCGUCCAUCUCGAGUCUCGGUGCGCCGAUUGACAUUCGCUCGGACUGGACCAAUGCGUUUGAACACAACUUUGCCUUCGUCGGCGCUCCACCGCCACUCAUUCCGCUGCCGCCUCUCCCCUCCUUCCCUUCCUUCCAGUCCAUGGGAGAGAGCGAGGUCUCAUUCAACUUCAAUCCCAACCAGCGUUCCGAGUCGUUUGCGUCGUUUGAGUCGCUCAACCACGCAGACAUCUCGUUCACCCACGGCGGUCCUCCACUUAGCAGGCACCCUCACCGUCGCCCGUCGCACUAUGGCAGGCGCAACGUCAGUGGUGGCUCGACAACGACCGACAGUGGUAUCGGCCGUUCUGACUGGCGGUCGCGGGGUAUCAGCACGUCCUCUAACAUGUCCACGUCCUCGAGCAUGGCCUCUAUUGCCCACCUUGGUCGUCCAGGUCUCGGUGACCGCAUGUUUGAGCGCGACCAGGGCGUACAGCUCACCUCCAUUGAAGCGUCGCCAGCCGAUGAGACUUGGCAGUCCCAGAUGGGUGGUCGUGAGCGCCACUCGUACGCGUCUACCAUGGAGGGCGGCUACGACGGCUCGACGGAGGGCGAGUCGAUCUUUGGUGGUCCUUCGGACACUCGUCUGGAGGCUGCUGCUAAAGACUUUUUCCUCAAGGGUAUUCGCCACAUGUCCGCAAUCAGCCUCUCCAGCGAGGAGGACACGGCAGUCAAGCACAACCCCCAGGUCGGCUCGCCGACCCUCAAGGGCGACAUGGCCGUGGCCGACCUCCUCGUGCCGUCGUAUAUUCCCAAGCAUCGCACUGGCGCAUCGCUUCCUGGACCUUUCCGUCCUCGCGAAGCCAAGCACCGCCGCCGUCCCGCGCCGCUCAACUUUGACUCUCAAGAUGAAGAGACUCCAGGCCUCACCUCGGCGUGCACCUCGACUGAUGCAUCCUCCUUCUUCUCCGUGGACAUGGGAUACAAGCACGGCGGUGUCCUGGGACUCCCUGCUGCGCUCAGCAUUGGCCACUCCCGCCAAAAGUCGUCGGUUGCCAGCGGCGUCCAGGUCCAGCCGACCAUCAAGGAGGAAGACUCGCUCGCGACGCUCCGCCAAAUGCCGCCACUUCCCAAGGCCUACCGCGCCCCCGUGCCUCAGCAGGCCCAGGUGUGGGAGGUUAAUGACAGCUUUGAGCUUUCCCAGGAGGCCGACACGUCGUUGGGCCGCUGGAAGCGCGAGGAAGCCGAGGCAAUCGCUGGUGGCAAGGCUGACUGGGCCGACACUUCUAUCGAGUCUGAACGUUCCACGAUGGGUGGGUACAGAAACCACGACGGUCUUAACCCAGCAGACUUGGCAAAGCCCAUGACGCAGGAUGACAUUGCCGCAUUUAUCGCCAAGUCCCAGGCCAUGUAUAAGCCCCUCGAGGAGGUCCAGCACAAGCCAGUCCAGCGCCACGUCCGUUCUUUGGGCAACUCUCGCGCUGCGGUCGCGCCCUACGGUCUUCCGAUCCCUCCGCUGGCGACGAGGUACCAGAACAAGCGCGCCUCCACUGGGGACGACGACAUGCCACACUCUGCUUUGCUUGCCGAGUUUGCCCGUGACGCUCUGCCCCCGUCUCAAGUCACCUCCCCCACAGCGACCGAGGAUGCAUCCGGCGACGACGACUCGUGCGACACUUCGGUCCGCUCCCAAGUGACAUCCUCGGCCCGUCGUCGCGCCCUCGGCUGGGGUCGCCGUCGUCCAAGCGAUGCUGCUGAGAUUGCGAUCUCGCCUCCACCCCUCGCCUCCGCCACUGAGACUCGGUUCCCCACAGAGAGGCCCAAGAUGACCCGUUCCGAGACGCUGCCUUCGUUUAUCUGCUUCAGCGCCCAGAAGCCCGAGUCCAAGGUCGCUUCCCAGCGCCACUUGAAGUCCGAUGUCGAUGUCGAGGAUACAGACGUCCGCACCAUGCCCGCGAACCAAGCGCCUAAGCCCCAGUCUGAACCCGAGGACGAGGACGAGGCCCUCAUGUUUACCCCUAAGAAGGACAGGUCCAAGUCCACCCUCGGCGCCAGGAACCCCACUCGCCCCACCACCAGGCCCCGUACCGCCAUGCACGUGCACGUCGACAGCUCUGGCUCACCUCUCAACCUGAACACUUACCAGGGCAGCGUUCCCCUGGUCCGUGUUCUGAGCAACGGCAGCGGCGAUCACCAGUCUCCUCUGCGCCGCAUGGCACCUCUCAAGCCCCUCCAGCUCGUAAACACCCGCACCAUCAAGCCGCUGCCCACUAAGAAGUCGCAGUCAAAGAUUCCUCUCAAGACGCAGCCGUCAACCUUGGGAACGACCAGGCCCGCCAGGCCGGCCUUUAGCCACCACAACCCCCAGUAUGGCUCGUUCGGCAAGGCCGACAGACUCGCCGCGGUCAACAUGGGUCGCUCGCUCCACGUCUGA